GCCAUUCGAUGGCAUUCUAAGCUCCCUGCAGUUGAUCAUUAGGAUUUUCCUGCUUACGAACCAAUGUGAUGAUUGCGCCACUUUCUAUGAUUACUCAGGCUUUGCCAUUCACGACGUGGACUCAAGAGCCGUUGAGUAGGGAGAUCGUGAGUUAUGGGGAUCAAGGCCUCCCAACCGUGAUUCCUGGAGAAUCGCCGUUUAGCUUUUGCGACGAAUCACGUCCGACAGAUCUUCUUAGCAUUACAUCCAUCAGUCUCUGGCCGCAGCCACUGUACAUUAAUGAUGACUUCAUCGUCACUAUCUACGGGGAAUUCUCGCAAAACAUCACUGCAAAUUCAACCAUGAACUUAUGGGUUGACUGCGGCAGCCACUGCAAAGAAUACGGAGCAGAAGAAGGCUCCGGCGAAGGCGACUCAAUAGAGUUUUGCGACGUGACAGACGUCCAACAACCGAACAGAAGGCAAGGAUGUCCGAUGGAGAAAGGUGGUGCCAUCCUGUCAUACGAGUUUUUCGUCUGGGAUAUGUUUCUGCAUCAGCCGGUAUGUCCACUACGAUCUUCGCGAUAUUGAAGUGUAGGUUCUGAAGCAAAUAUGAAAGUACUAACAAGCCUAUCUCUGGUACAAUUUCACGUUUGAUAUGCGAACCAAGGAAAGAGAGAGGAUGUUUUGUGUGACUUCUGAAGUUUGCUUGCGGUGGCACGAUGAGGAUAAGAAUAAGCAUUAUCCGGGAGGGCCAUACCCUUAUUGUCAAUGGCCUCGAUGAAGGAAUUAUGAACCAUGUAACGAAUAGCUAGAUUAUAUUCAAUCUCAGGAGAGGGAACCGUUAAACCGAAGGGG